AGCAAAAUCGAGGAAAAAUCAUACAUAUUAAUCUGCACACGGAUUGUUAUAUAGGAUCAAAAUUUCAUUUUCGAAUCCCUAAAAUCUCUGAAAAUUGAUCCAUAAUUCACAACCGAACGUGCGGAUGAAAUAUUAAUCAGAAAAAUGACGGCGAAGACCUGGGUCUUGUUGUUUCUCGCGGGAUUUGCAUCGGCUCUCGGCCCACCGCCGCAUCGAACGGAUGAAGAUUCGCUCCGAAGCGCAUUGAAUGCGGUCACAAGAAAGCAAAGAUCGCUCGACGUUAGUCCUGAUGAAUAUUACAACGAUCUGCAUUCCUUCAAGUACUACGGAGGCCGAGACCGCGACAGAGACGACGACCUGGAAUUUUUACCAUACGAUAACGGUCAGAUGGAAACAAUCGGAGACGGUUUCCAGAAAGCCUUACCGAACAGUCAUUGGGGAGCGGAUGAUAAGCCGGAAAGAAAUUUGAACAAUAAAUUAUUCGAUAGAAUGCUGUUGGAUUAUUUAGGAAGUGAGACUAAUCAGGGAGAACCAGCGCCAUCCGCUUUCAGAGAGCGAGAACGUGGCGGAAGUCAAAAAAGAGGAUCGGGAAACGGCGCACGAUCGAGUGGAAUCAACGACAAUCAAUUGGCAAAGUUGUUCUUAGAAGAAAUUCAAGACGGAGCUGGUGCACCCUCGAAUCAAGUAGAACUUGACGACGAAGAGGAACUCGAUAACUUCAGACCUUGGUACAACAAACAGAGAGGCGAACCUGAAUCUAAUAAAGCUGAAGGCUACGAUAUAUUCAAUGGUCCAAUGUCUUGGAGUGGCACUUUCAGUAAACAAAAUAGUCAGAAGGAUCAGGAUCGAGAUUUACUUUAUUUAUUACCCGCAGCCGAACGCAGAAAUGUUAAUGGUAGAUUCCCUCUGGGAAGAGAAUAUAGAGAAGUAAGAAAACGGUAUCCCGUUGCUAAAAGAAGCCCCAAGCCGAUGCAACAGAAAAGACAAGUCACGGAUCCGAAGGUUGCUCAAGAUCUGGGAAAUUUGUUUGGCAAAAAAUCUACCGAUCACGAUCACGAUCACGAUCACGAUCACGAUCACGAUCACGAUCACGAUCAUCAACACGAACUCGAUCACGAUCAUGAACACGAUCAUGGACAUACUCAUUCUCACGAUCAUACAUCGGAAGCUCCGAACACAACAGCUCGUUCUAAAAGCGAUGAUGAGAAGGUUACUCAGCAGAAUAAACCGAGGGAACAUCCAAUCGAAAUAAAAAAGAAGAGCGUCGAUUGGUCUCAGUAUUUUGGAAUCGAUCGUAGAAAGAAAAAGGCGAGUUUAUUGGCACGCCCCGGUACUCAAGAUCAAGACGACGAAUGGCUACUGCAACAAUACUACAAGACAAUGGCUGAGAAUUUAAAACCAUCCGAACGUGUUUCAAGUAAGGAUAGUAUGGAGAAAAGGAAUAUGCUUCAACAAAUAGAUUCGAGAUUAAAAAGCCUUGAGGAUCUUAUAAUUGAGGAACCAUUGAUGUACACAGGCCCCCGUGAUGCAAUUGACGUACAAAAGGUUAAAGACAACAUAAUGGCCCGAGCAGCGGCAUCGUAUUCUUUAGAAAAAAUGAGACGAGCUUUGAGCGAGUUCCAAAAUGACGUGGCUCUCCAAAAGCAAGCUCAGAAACUAACGGCGACGCAAAACACUCUCACCACUGACUCGCCGAAUAACUCAAACGACGAUAAACGCAGCGGCAACAGUAUAAACAGUGAAGAAGAUGGCGACGAAGAAGCGAGCUGUCCCGAAAUUGAAAUCGUCGAAAGAAGAUGCAGAGCAGUUGAUAUGUGGCUUGGAAACAAAGCGCAAGUUUUCUAUCCCCUUUGCAUAAUGCAUCAAAUUUGCCGCGCCUGUGUCCAAGAGGAAAAUGAUGAUAAAUCUUGUGACAAGUUAUUCGCUUCGGCGUCGAGAACGUGUGACGGUCACGUAGGAUGUAUGCGAGCGGCACGAGUCGCAUAUAAUACAUUAUCCCAGUUACAACCACCUAUUGGAUCGCCGGGAUUAUGUCUUUGUGAAUUACAGGCUCAAAUGAGAAAGUAAUUUACAUCUAACCAUGGUGAGGCUAUCCCAUAAUUCGAAGAACGACCUUGGUAAUAAUGUUCGAUUUUAAACAAACCGUUAUAGUAAGCAGAAAAAAAAAAUAGUUGUAAAACAAAAUUCCAGAUCGUACUCAAAAUACUGAAAUGAAGUUAAAAAUCUAGUUCGGAAUGAAUAAAUGUGACAAGAGAAAAAAAUAGAGCACAAGGAACGAAAAAUUGAAACGACGAAAAAUUUACCAACCGCAUCUCUUCACGAAGUAUUUGCCAAUCUAAUAUAAUGUAAUACAUGUAUAUUAUGUAUAACUGUAUUCAAAAUCCUUCAAAAUGUAUAUGGCUAUGUCAAAAUUUAAACGAAUAGUUGUUGUUUGUUACAUAUACAUAUAUAUAUUAUAUACCAUAUGAAUGAAUAUAUAAAUUAUUCUGGGUAUGACUGAAUUUUUUUUUAUUAGUUAUUACAAAUUACAAAUGACUCUAACACUGAUUGAAUAUUGCAGUUGUUUUCUAUUCAAGAUUUAUUACUCUGGUAUGAAUAAUUUGGAAAUUUAAGGAUGUGAGGAGUCAUAUUUUUAUCGAGUGAAGAUAUAUUGUUGAAAAAAAAGUAUGCUCUCUCUACGAUAAUUCAGUAUGUUUUAAUCAUAUAUCUAUCUCAUGCGAAAGCGUGUUAAGUUGUACGGAAGGUGUUGUUAAGAUACUUCAGUUUAUGAAAGUAAUUUUUUAUUCCAAGAUUCUAAUUCGAUGCUUGGAAGUGGUGCUUUAAAUAAAAAAAACCAUGUAGCAUCGCAGUUUUGUGCAAAUUAUACGUUUGUUAUUUUUUUACUCCAUCUCUUCGAAGUCUAAAAACUGAGGCCUACAUAGUCUGAGUGAAAAUUUUCUUCAUGCUAUGUUAAAUAUUUAAUUUAGGAAUCGAUGGAAAGUAUACUAUUAUACAUUCAAAUCUAAAGGGCAAGAUGUAUGAUCUAUAUCUAUUUGCGAGACAGAAACUGUGAGAGUGUAUAAUUAGAUUUUUAUACCAAUUUGACGAAAGAUUAUAUUGAAAAAUAUUAUAAUUCAAAUAACAACUAUUUUCGAUCAACGAAGACAAUAAUUAAUUGGCAAGUUUUUUAAACUUGUAUGUAGCACGUUUAGUAGUGUAAUUAAUAUUGUAUGUAUAAGCUCUCAUUGGAAUCCACUUUUAAAAGACAACUUGAACAUAAAAAAAUAUACAUGUAUGUAUAAAUAAUCUGUUAUUUUAGUCAACGCGCUAAUUUUUACUAGAACCUGUAAAUUGGUCUUCUCGUGAUAGACAUAUAAUGAGGGUCUAGAAUUACGUUGAUUUAAAUAAUUCUUUGCGUAGGUACUCCGCGGGAACAGACAAUUUAUAAUAUUUUAAUAAACGUAAGGCGGUAUUUCAAAAUCAACGCAAAACUACACGGAUUGUACUUACAGCGUUUUAAUGCUUCGCAAAUAGAUGAAAUCAUAUGUUUUUAUGUUACCACAAAAAAAUAACGACUUGUCUCUCUGGCCGUCUUUAGACAUAUAAGUCGAUUAAUUCAUGCAUUAUAAUAUAUGAUACGUAUGUAUAUCUCUUAAAAUCUAACUGGUGCAUAUAAAAACAAAUUAUAAAAAUAAUACACACACAUAGAAUAUAGUAAUAGAUGUUGUUGAAUUAAUCAUUGAAAAAUGAAUAUCUUAUAUUUGAUUAAAUUAUGCAUUAUAUAAACGAGAGAGAUGCAUGAUAUUAUUAACAGGUAUACAGCCUGUUAUUAACAGGUAUACUGGUGUAUAGCCUGAGUACCAAAAGCAGUGGACUUUGAUAUAAUUCCUAAUUACUUUCUUUGGAUGCAUCAAAAGCUUAACCAACCAAAUAUAUGUAUUGGAAAUAUUUUCCUACGACUGAAAUACACCCAUCAAGGAGAUUAUGUGAGAUUUGGCUUCGUUUAUACAUAAAAAAAAACUAGAACGAAUUUUAACAAGAAAGUUCUGCAUUAUACUUAUAUUACGUUACAUUCAUAUUUGAAAAAAUUUAAUAUACAUAUAUUCUAUUUAUGUUAUAAUAUGUACGGUACGUACCCAUGUGACAUGUAUCUGCAAGCCUCCAUGUAUGGACAUAAUAAAUAUAUUUAAACAUA